CCGAGAGAUCUCAAUCCGCUGAGAGAAGAAAAGAGAAGAAAUCUGCUGCGGUUCACAUCACCUCACUGACUGGGAAACAAUAGCAGUGAUAUCUUUGCAACUGAAUCACUGAUUAUUGUCAGCGCGAAAAGCUGCCACACACCACUGCUGCUCCUUUAAAAAUCUGGUCAACUGAUCAAUCUGGUUCUUGUGGUGUUGUCACUCUCGUGAUUUUGGAUUUAUCGAUGAACAUGGACAAUGGGCAUUCAAGUGAAGAUAUUCCUUCGUCGGAGGAUGGUGGCGUAGGUCUCCUGAGGGAUGGGGGAGGAGGGAAUGAAACACCUACGUCCAUGUCGUCCAGUCCCAGUCCUAUCAUAAGCAACGGAUUGACUGGUUUAAACCGAGGACGGUCUAAAGUGUGGAACGAAUUUGUCAUUACGGGCGAUGGAACAAGGGUUACUUGUCGACGUUGUGGAGACUCUCUGUCAUACUCUCAUUCCCAUAGUACGUCGUCAAUGUUGAAACAUUUGAAAAGAAAACAUCUCCUUUCAUUGUACCCUUUGGAUGAGUACGGAAAUGAAACACCUACUUCUACAAAAGUGCAAGCGAAAUCUCCGGAUAAACCGAAACCAAAAAAAUCUAAAGCUAAAAAGACUUCAUUUACUGAAGCCAGGGCACCAGAAAUGCCCUCAGAGUAUCAAGAAGAACAUCUUGUUGAGGCGUCCAUCCAACAUGAUCCAUUAAUUUUUGUCGACCCAUGCGUGAGAAUGAGAUGGGCAGAUCAUUCAGACACUUUUCUAAAAACAUUUUCUGUCAUGUAUAACGACGAAGUGUACACGGAUUGUACAUUGGUGGCAGAAAAUCAAUUUUUCAAAGGACAUCGAAUGGUAUUAUCAUCGGCCUCUGAGCUGUUGGAUGAAAUGUUUAAAAUCACUCCAGCCGUGCAUCACCCCAUUAUAUUUCUGAACAAUGUCAAAGCAAUGGAACUUCGAGUUUUAUUGGAUUUUAUUUAUAAGGGUGAAGUAGCAAUUCCACCCAAUUUAAUACCAGGAUUGGUCAAAGUCGGGAGUGAACUAAAAGUGAAAGGUCUGUCGGAUUUUGUCUGGAACGAACAAUUGGCAUCAACUAUCUUCCCCCAAGGAUAUUCUAACCAGGCACCUCAACCUCAGCAACAGCAGACCUUUCAUUCCAGCUAUGUCAAUGAUAUCAAACUUAACCAGUGUUAUGAAAAACCGUCGUGUAGUACAGACUCCAAUUGUAAAUCUAUGCUAAACACGCCAAACCAGAUGAACAUUGGUCAUAGAGCAGCAUCCAACAGCACUAUAAACAGCAAACCAUCUCCUCCUACACCAGUCAUCCACAAAACAUAUGCAAGACUUGUGCCCAGUGGCAUUCGACCUGGUGGGAUUCUUUCCUCACAACAGAAUUUAAGUAUUUCUGACGGCUCAAUACUAAGUUCGUGUACAGGAACACCUCAAUUCAAGAGACUAAAACUUUUGGAAACAUGUAGUUCUUCUUCGGUUACUUCUGUGAAUACUUCUCAAUCGAAUUCAUAUGUAACUGCACUGGAAUCCAAAAAAUCGAAUGGUAAUCUACCAGACACCGUCUUGAUGGUGACGAAUCAAGGGGAAACAGUUCUUUCUACAUCUCAAGGAGGGGUUACAUUAAUGACCCCUAACUCCCUAUCACUGCCCGUCAGCUUUGCAAUAAAGGAUGACUCUUCAAUGAGAUCGCAAACUCAUCAUAGUCAAUUCGUUAGUGGACAACCAGUCACUAUACUCUCCAGUUGUGGCCAUGCUUCUGGUCAUGGGCUGGAUGAAGUUGUUUAUUCGAUUACUGAGGUUCCAGGAGGAGGACACGAGGUAUUGAUGUCUGGAAUUGAACAAGGCCCGAUUGUUGUUUACGACGAUACAAAUAUCGGAGACGAUGAUACAACGGACAAGAAAUUAUUCCAAGACGAGAUGCACAAGGGUUGAGUUGGUCUUUAAAUUACCGUACUUAGAUAUUGAAUCUAGUCAUGAUGAUGUAAACCUGAUAUAGGUAAUAGCAUUGACGACACAGUAUUGUAUUGGUCCUAAAUAUUUUAAUUUUGUACUUAUUGUCAUUAUUAUUAGUAUUAUUAUUAAAAAUUAUUACACUGCUUGCUUGCUCAGUCAGUCAUUCCAAUUGUAAAUCUCACUCAAUAGUUUCAGUGUAAUAAUAUAAACGACGCUUCAAGAUGUAUAUUAAUCUCAGAACAAAAGGAAUUAAUGUAAUAAAGAAUGUAUGGUUUGCACACAGUAAGACCUUAAAAAAA